AGUGGCGAUAACGAUGACAGCAAGAUCACUAAAAGACUAGCGUUGCAUGUUUAUCAUAUACAAGCUAACAUUGCGUAAGCUCUGGCAAAAAAAGCACAUUUCUUAAUGCAGCCGUCUGGCAACGCCACAUAUUUUUCGAGACGCAGAACGCAAGAUAUUUUCUUAUCUCUCGUUAAAAAAUGGAUUAUUUCGGUUCAAUCGGUGCGUAUCUGGGAAAAUCGCAUGCUCGUUGGCAGUAAAGAACGCCACGCACUUUCACGUCCCACGCCCAGCGCACUCCCGCCUGACGGGAAAAUGGGAAAGCAACUAUAUCUGGCAUCCGUAUCUUCGUCCGUCGCAGCCGUCAAAAUGUUCGUCGCGCCAGUUAUCGACUCGGCAAUCUCCAUCUCCUAAGGCACACACACACUCAAUAGAACGCAGUCCAGCACUCACACAGGCAGCCACCUACGUAACCUGGCAGCGGAAGCGCCCUUAAUCUUGGCCAGAAACCACAGCAGGCAGAAAACAACGAGGGAGCAGCAGCAGGCGGAGGGAAACGGAGGCGCCGCUAGCACUAGCACCUAACAUGUCCGAGAAGCACGGCCAGCUGGGUGCGCAGUGGACGAAAUCAGCGGCGCCAGCAGCAACAACAGCACCAGUCUCCAAUUCCAUUCCCAUACCUCAACCGAUCCCUGUGGCACUACCCCUCCAGAAACCCAACGCCAAUCCCUAUGGGAACUGCAGCCUACAGCCCGCGGAUAUAGUCUACAGCGCAACCAGAUUUCAAGGACCUGCUAUCCAUGCAAAGGGCUCUCCUUUGACCAUUACGCCCGUGGGCCCUGUCGGCGGAGCACCUGCCUCUGCCCAGAUCUCGCCCACGAGUCACACCCAUGUACCUGUACCUGUAGCCACGCCCAGCGGCUUUGUGCCGCCUCCGUUUUCCAAUGCCACCAGCGCCAGUGGAGGUGUCUCCACUUCCGUACUUACUCCGAAUCCCUUUGCCACGGCGAGUGCAAAUGCUGCUGGCCUGGCCUUUGCCAAUGCCUUCAGCUUUAGCACAGCCCAGCAACUGGGUCUGGGCAAGAUCAUGCACGCUAUGGGCGGAGCUACUGCGGGAGUGCCAUCGGCGCCAGUACCAGUCACCACGACUCCAGCGACAGCUGCUCCUUCGACCCCAACAAUAGCUGGUCCACGGCAUCCGAACGAGGGCGUUCCAGCGGCCAGUGGAGUGAUAAACUCCACCAUUGCUGAAAACGUAAUGAAUGCUUUGAGCAACUCCAACUCAGCGGGAUCAGUUCCCAGUGAGGAGAAGAUGAGAAGGGUGCUGCAGGUGAUUGAGACCAGCUUGGACGACAAUGCGAAGCUGCAGAUUUCACAGAUUCUAGAGCGUGUCUCGGGACUAAAGCCCAUUGAGAAGCUAUUCCUCUAUCUUCGUUUGCCUGGCGAAUGCGCAGACACCGAUCCGUUGAGGCAGCCACAAAAUCCACUAGGAACGCGCUCGGAGAUUAACCAUACCAUUAAUUGGGUGCGUUCCCAUCUGGAGCACGAUGCACAGGUCUCCAUACCAAAACAGGAUGUGUACAAUGAUUACAUAGCUUAUUGCGAACGCCUCAGCAUCAAACCUCUGUCCACAGCAGACUUCGGCAAGGUGAUGAAGCAGGUAUUUCCGGGCGUUCGUCCUCGGAGAUUAGGGACGCGUGGAAACUCUCGCUAUUGUUAUGCGGCAAUGCGGAAAACCACCAAGCUGACGCCCCCGCAACUGCCGCAGCUGUGCAAGACGGAGCAGAUCGUAGCGGGUGAUUCCAAUUCGGACCCGAGUCAGCUAACUAGUGCCUCCAGUUUGGGUGGCUUACCAUCGACAGGAGGUGACUCUGAGUGCUGGGAUGUGGUGCGCAGUUGGGCAGAAAAAUUGCUAAACACUAAGCUAGAGAGCGUUGCGGAUCUAAGCUCCCGUAUCAAGAGCAACAAUGCAACAGUUUCUACAAAAAAAUACACUCCUCGGGAGCCCAAGGAAAAGCGAGUUUUAGCAGACAUUGGACCUUUGAAAAAGCGGCGCAAAAAGAAACGCAAGGGAUCCACGUCCUCGGAGUCCAGCUGCAAUCAAUUGGUAACUGGCCAAGACGCGGGUAGCAGCCAGGAGGCCAGCGACGAACAGAUACUGAAGAUCAAGCAGGAGAUCAUCGACUCACCCAUUCAUCCCCAGCAGCCUCCAAUAGGUUAUCUACAGCAGGUAACGCCCAUGAACCUAGCCACAGAUCAGCGAAGCAGUAGCGCUGUCCGCAACCUCACGCCCAAAAUCCUGGAGAUGGGCUCGCCGGCCGUAGUACUCACCCAGCAGGAGGUAUCCCCCACGGGCAUCGUCAUAAAAGAUGAGGUGGAGGACUACACCUCUAAUAUUUUCUGCAAGAAGGUUUUGAAGGCGCAGCAGACAAAGGGAUUCUGGGCGAAUUCUCCAAGCAGUGGGACAACGAGCGGUGUUGGUUUACUGGUUCCACCUACGAUCACUACAACCUCGGCCACACCGCCACCGCCAAACUCUGAGACAUCCCCGGUUCCGGGACCUGGACUUUCCAUGGGCCCACCCUCACAGAUGAUGAGCACCAGUUCGGUGAGUCCGUCGAGCACUGUGGACACCACACCUAAAGUGGCCUCCCGAAACCAAAUGAUGAUUCUGAGAGCCAAGCGUUUGAUGGCAGCGGAAAAUGCCGCUUUGGCAGCCGCCGAAGACUCUGGAUUGCCUGAGAAUCUGGGACUGCCCAGGGAGCGAGUGAUAAGCAUCUGUAACAUGGACAAGCAUGAGCUGGAUGACUACUUUCUACCAGGCGAGGACGAGGAGAACUCCGAGGAGCCCGACAACGAGCUGCUCCAAUAUUUUCAGAUGGGAGACGCUGAGGAAAAACAACUGAAUUCCUUGGAUGCUGCCGAACAGAACAAGAAUCCACAAGAGCCACCGACGAUGGGCUCUGCACCGGAGGCGAUGCCCGCCCCCGGACGCGGAGCAGCAGUCGUCGCCGCUGCAGCAGCGAUGCUGGCGCCGGUGCCGGCACCUUCGAUGUUGCCCGCACAGGCAGGAGUGGGUUCUGCCUCAGCGUCUCUGGCCCUAAUGUCAAAAAAGCAUCAACAGCAGAACCAGCAUCAGAACCUGCAAUUGCAGCGUUCCAAGCAGCUGCCGCUUAUCAGUAACAACAAGAGAAAGAUCAGCCUCAGCAACGCCUCCAGCAAUGGUAGCAACAAGAACUGCAUUUUCCUACCAAUUUCACCAAACACCAAUGGAUCAGUGACUACACCAACAGCCACAGGGUCGUCGAAUCCCAGUCAAAAUUGCUUCGCUAGUCCCGGGUUGACUCGGAUGAAGCAAAGACCCAACUUGUUGAGCAAGCAGCAAUCACUUGACUGCGACAACCGGGAUCCCAUGAUAGGGGCUCAUCGCAAGGGUCGAGGAUAUGUGUACAGCUACCCUACAAGCACGUCUGCCUCCGCACCACCGAGUCCAUCGAUUCUUCCCCAAUGGAUGUGUAGAAACUGGUCGCUAGGAGGCGGCAAUAUAUCCAGCUUUGCAGACAGCAGCCACAGUGCUGAUCCGCUGGUCAAUCAGAACUCAAUGGACCUGGAGACAAGUCUGGCGCUCACGGGAGAAAAUGAGUUAGAUACAUCGGAGAUGCAGCGCUCACAAUCGGUGCCGUUGUCACAAUUGCAACGGAGAGGCAGCCAACAAUCGCCAAGCUUGAACUUCUACUCGGAGAACAGCAACAGUCAGCAGUCUGCGCCUCUAAAAGAAACAGGAUUACUGUACGAGGAAGUGGAAGUAGACUCGCUUCUCUCAGCGAAUUUCACCAGAAAGUUUAACAGCAUAACCCAGCAAACAGCAACAACCUGCAGCUCCUCGGCGGGCUCAUCUUCCGGGUACAGUAGUGGCGGCUCUGCGGGAAUUGUUUCGCGAUCAGUGCCCUCAACUCCACUGCCACAUCAACAGCAAAAUAGCCUCACAUCGUUGAAUGGAGGCGGUGGUGCAGCGUCCAGCGGAGGAGGUGUCAUGGGAAUCGGAAAUGGGGGCAACUGUGGCGUCGGAAAUGGUUUCUUCACCAUCUCUGACUCGUUUAAUUGGGAAGGAUCUACGUCCAAUAACAGUCAGUUGGGUUACGCACACUCCUACAGUGCCCGCAAUUCACUAGACAUAUCCAAGUCUAUGCCAACGACGCCCAUUGCAACUCAACGUUUCCGAUACAGUCCGGCGGAGGUGCACCGCGAUUUCCUCAUAAAUGGCAACACCAUCGAUAGCUUACCGUCAUCUGCCUUUGCAGGAGGAGUUGUUCCGACCGAUCCUACGCUGGCACUCAGCACGGACACCCUCAUCGACGACAGUGCCCCGAGCAGUGCAGAUGUGGUUGAGGCCAUGAUUGGUGUCACAGGCAUACUCGACGAUUUUUAGAAUUUGCAUGAAGAGAAAGCCCAGGGGGAGAUCGAAAUAUCAGAGCAGCAGGAGCCGGAUGCGGUGGAGGAGAACGAGGUUCAGUCAGCUGCAAAAGAGGAUGCCAAUGUGGUGGCCUGUCUGCUCCAGCAUGUGGACCAAUUGUAAAUCCCACUAUCAUCCGCCUACUGCCGUAUUGAUGUCUCGUUUGAUUAGUUUGUGUGUUAUAUAUUAAGUAGUCCUUUAUUAUUGUUCCUGUUCCGAGUAUAUGGAAUUUCUGUUUUGCCUAGUAUGAACCGAAACUCGAUAUAAUUCAGAAACUGGUUCAUAAGCCUCUUGACGUCCCCCGCACAUGAGCUUUCUCUUCGUGCCACGCGCUAGCUAAGAAACCCUCAACAAAAUCCAAUCUUCCCUCUGUUUAAACUAAUCAACAGCUUAACUGUGCCUCUUAUUGGUUUCAAAAGUGUCCAACAUCAUUAGAGGUGUGAGCUUGAGCCGACUUCUUUAAUCUAACGUUACCCUCAGGCCUUGUUGUAUGUAUGCAAUUGGCAUAUUGUUAUAAUUACUAAACAAUAACAUUAACACGCUGAUGACGAUGGUGGGGCAGCCAGUCCGUUGCUGCCCCUGCUGUAUGUAGUGCAUAGUUUUAUUGUUGAACAACAUUACAAAUGAAACGAACUUAAAGUCUGAAUGAAGGAAACGUGUGCAGCGGUUUUAAAAACGAAACAAAUUUACAAAAUGUAUCUGUAAACGAAUGUACAUCUAGAACUAUAGAACCAAACCUCGGCGCUCGACGAGUUUGUCUUCCUGCGAUCCUCGGUUGUACAUAUAUAAGUAUAUAUAUCUAUAUAUUUCUAGAGGGAUUUCCACAUGGAUUUUAAAGUGGAUCGCAGGGAGCUAGACUCAGUUCAAAAUUGUCAAAUUUAAAUGUGUGUUUGUAUGGUGUUGUAAGGUAUCGAGAAUAACGAGCUUCGUCAAUUGUUCAUCGACUGGUUGGGCUCCUAGGUGUAGUCCUUUGAUUUUUCUUAUCCAACUCCGAUCGACAUAUUCUAUUUGUUACACUAUAUCUUUAUCUGUCAAUCUUGAAAACAUUUAAUUCUUCUAUUAGUUGUAAGUGUUUGUUUGUUAUAACUGUUUACUGUAUUUGUUUAAUUCGCGUUGGUCGGUCCGAUCUGCGCUUAGUACUUUAGUUGUCCUGUAAAUGAAUUUCGCACAUGUGUAAUUCGAGUCUUCUAAUGCCUAAAUUUCUUGUUGAAAUGUCGUUUCUUGUGCCCAGUUUACUAAAGUCUUUAUUUUCGUUUUAGCGCUUUGAACAAAGUUUAGCCUUAAAUCUUCUUAUUCAUAAUUCACAUUGCAAAUGAAUGUUAAUUUGUUUGUAAAACAAAGUAAAACAUUACCGCUAAGCUAUUUUUGUUUUUUUAAAACAUGAUUCCGCUUCUGUGACCAGAUGUUUUUAAAAAUGUAAAGAAAAUAAAUCAUAAAUGUGCCUCAGGCUUUAUUGUAAAACAAUUAUAUACCACAACAAAAAUAUAGAUACAACCAUACAAAGAUGCAUUAAAAAUAAAAAGAUAGCUACGUAUACACACUUAAAUAGAUUAUUAGAACGUUAUACGAGUAUAAUUAAAUAUACACUCAUUUACAAAAGGCAAGGAUAGGGAAUCAAAUAAAUUCGUUAGAACCUCAGAUUAAACAAUAAAUGCAUAUUUAUAGUCAACAGGAAUACCAAUACACAAUAACCAGAACAGCACCCAGCCUAAAAUAAACAUUGUCAGCUGAAUUCUAAAACUAAAAGCAAAACUUUUAACGAUUAUUUAUUUUUAAGCAGCGCCACCUACCCCGCAUACCGCUUUGAACAACAACCAACAAUAUACGAGUAACAAUAGCAAUAGUCCUAAGGUAAAUAAGUAAAACAUAUUGUCACCGGGA